AUGUUGCGGCUUCUGCUCAGCUUCCGCUCUAAAAGGGUCGCCAUCGUUGCGGACAUAGAGAAGGCUUUCCUCCAGAUCUUCCUCGACAAUCAAGACCGGGAUUACCUUCGCUUCUUCUGGUAUAAGGUGGCACCUAGAGUAGAGGGAGAUCUUCCUCCCCUUGAAGUAUGGCGCAUGACAAGAGUGCCGUUCGGCGCCACAUGCAGCACUUUCCUUCUGGCCGCCACAAUUCAACAUCACCUACAGUCUCUAGCCUUGGAGUACCCUUGGACAACCAGCAAGCUGAGAGAUAACUUUUAUGCCGACGAUCUUGUUACUGGCGCAGACGACUACCCUCAAGCUCUGCAAUUGUUCAAAGAAACUAUUCAAAUUUUUGAUAAGGCAGGUCUACCAGUUCGCAAGUGGCUCACCAACGAACCUGCACUUCAGAAACAGUUUGAAGAGCAAGGUUUAAGCCGUGCUACGACACUUUCUGUUAACGUCUUAGGAGUUACUUGGCGCACCACGACCGAUGGCCUAUGCUGUGCUCUGUCUUCCGUAUCCGAAUUCCUGAAGUCUAGCCCAUGCACAAAGCGACAAGUCUUGCGCCCUACCUCGCAUAUUUGA